CAAACUCAGCUUUCAACCACGCAAAUUUCAGCUGUAAACGCAAAUUGGACGCGCGUUGUCAUUAUUUCCCUCAAGUUUUGAGGCCAAUUUUUGGCUGUAAAAUGGUGUCCACAUUGUCAGGAAUUACAGUCCCGAAUGGGUUUGACCCAGCCUUUGAGUAUGAAUUCAGUGACGGUGAAGACAGCAAGGAUAUCUACCAAGAACAGGAGUCUGACGAAGACACUGAAGAUGCCAGUGAGACUGACGCAGCCAAACUGGAAGAAGAAUUCACUGAAAUGAAAGAACAAAUGUACAAGGAAAAGUUAGCCUCCUUAAAGAAGCAACUUAAUAGUCUUACUGACGGAUCGCAUGCCGAACUAAAUCGGAAACUCAAGAAGUUGGAGCAGGUUCACAAGGAGCGACUGCGGAUGGCAGAGGUUGCAAGAUGCUGUGAGAUUGAGGCUGUUGAGCGUGAAUAUAUCAGAGAAAAGAAGAAUGCAAGGGACGAUCUUGAGCAAAAGAAAAUUGACCUGAAGGAGAACCUCCUGAUUGAACUGGAGGACAAGAGGCGGAUGAUAGAGGGCGACAGAGUCACCAUGGAACUCACUGGUGUCGAUCCCUUGGAAGUGAAACCGGCAAGCACUCGUAAGCUGAGGAGGCGACAGAAUGAACCAGUUCCUCUGCCGGAGAAAAGAAGAAAACCUUCACCAGCUCAGUUCUGCUUUCUCUUGUCGGAGGAAGAGAUCGCCAGCGACAUGAAACUUUUGAACAAAGUUAGUACGGGUAACCAACAGUUCAGGAAGAAAAAGCAAAUCAAGGCGGCCUCCAAUAAAAAAUCUUCAGUUGCCCCGAGCAACAAGCCCCACACGCCAACCAACAACAACAACAGCAACCUCUCUAGCAGCGCGAGUGCUAGCAGCGCCCUGGCCCAGCCCAAGUACAUCGUCCGCAUCGCCGACAGCAAGCUGUUCUAUGAGAAACGCUGGUUCCACCGCGGCCAGAACAUCUACGUGGACUCCAAGGACACAGGAAAAGUCAGCGCAGUCAUCAGCUCCAUCGGAACGAAUGAGGUCUGGGUGAGGAAAACACUUGACAAUCAGAAGAUGAGGAUCUACGUCUCACAAAUGCAGAAAGGCAAAUACAAGAUUCGGAAACGGUCCACCUGAGAUAUUAACUCCGCCCCUAAAUACAACCCCUCCCUGUAUUGCAUGGAUUUAAUUUAAGUCUCAUGCCAAACCAUGUAUAGAACCCAAUUUGGAAUACUGUACAUAACUUCAACCUUGUAAAUACAUGUAUAUUAUUUUCAGUAGUAGGUGCAGAAUAUGUGGUUAUUUUUUGUGUACUCCAAAAUGAAAUAUUGAUUAUAGUUUUCUUGUGGAUUCAAUGUACAUUGUGUUUUUUUAAAGGAAGAAGUCAAGGUGGAAAAAUCACUGCAAAGAAUGGAGAAUAAUCUUGAAACAUUUAGUGAAGUCUUGCAAACAGUUUUUAAGAAGAUAAAAUUGUUUAAAAGCUGUUUUUGUGAAAAGUGGUGCAGUAAGGUUGACAUCUGCAGCUGAUUUCAUGAAAGAGUGUGCAGCUUAUGCCAUGCGUAAGACUUACUCAACAAAUUUGUUGCGCAACUGCGCAAUAAACUUAUGAUCAAUUGCAUGAAACUUGGCGUAGCUGCACAACGUUUUAAAUAAUUGAAACAUCUUGGGCAAAGAUAAAAACAACAUUUAUGACGGCUGUUUGUGUGUGAAUUUGUUCAUUCGCGGACGAAACUUAAUGCUUAAGUUACGCCAUAAUUUAUUGCGCAAGUCGCGAACUUCAUCAAACUUCACGAACGCACCAUCCCACUUUCGUGAAAUAUGUCAUAAGUGAAAUGUUGCGUAGCGUUAAAUUUUUGCGAAAUCUACCCAAUAAAUGUUGGUGCAAACAGAGUUGUGAAAUCACCUGCAGGAAGUCAUUGCAAUUUUCACAGUUAUUUUUUUGUGGGUUUCAAUGUAGCUAACUAUUAUUGUUAAACCUGCUGAAUCUAGCAAGAUCAAAAGCUAAAAUAAAUUGUUGGAUUUUUGUUGGUCUGAAAACGUCUUCUAGCCAUUGGAUUCUGUUGGAUUCAGCAAGUUUAACAGCUCCCUCUAGCAGUGAUUUUGGACGUCAAAGGUUGUUUUGUUGGAUGGAUUUAUUGACCCAAGGAAUGUUUAUACCAAAUUUGAAAGCAUUUGAAUGAAAAAGGUCAAAAUUUUACCAAGUAUCAUAUUAUGACAAAAAAUGGGCAGGAAUAUAGAAAUAUAGUACCCUUCUCACAGCUAGGAGUACCCCUAACUCCCUAGGGGGUAUGCAAAAUCAUAUUAAGUAUUGUAGUACUCAGGAUAGUUAGGGUUGCAUCGGCAGAUUUUCAAAAAAAAAUGAUUGCAGGAUGUACAAUAUGAUGAUUUUUUUGUUGUACAAAAAAAAAUGUACUGUGGUGAUCACCUGGUGCUUUUCUAGUAACCCAUUUUUGGUCAAAAAAAGAAGAAGAAAAGGCCUAUAGAUGCGGUAUAAUUUUUUACAUUUAUCAUUUAAAUGCUUUCAAAUUUUGUACAAAUUUUUGUGAAUCUGUCUCAAAAUCUGAUUUUUUUUUUUACCAAAAUUGACACAGUUAUGUACUUGUAAUGAUCAUUUACAUUUUUCAUGUAAGAAGUGUUAAAAAAGAGGUACUCAAAGUGAAAAUUAAAUCAUGAAAAAAAGGGGGCAAAAUAAGUGACUUUUCAGGCACACGGCGGCCAUUUUAGAUUUCCAGCAUAUGUGUGGUUGGUCAUGUGUCCAUUAACUAUUUUGGAGAAGUGGAUACUUGAUAGGUUAGGC